AUUCUCUCUCUCCCUCUCUCUGCUCUGCAUCUCAGCAGCUCCGGGGUAUCCUCGUUUCUCAGGGAGUUUGGCCCACACUUUCCUCCCCAUGAGCCACUUGGAUCACCAUGCCAACAGUGGAGUUCUCUACGGGCAGCACCGUUUCUAUGACACGCAAAAAGAGAACUUCUAUCUUCGAGGUCUCCCGUCCCAGCCGCCUCUCAUCUCAGCCAAUCACAGUCUGCCACCGAUGUCCAGGGCAGGUUCAGGACACUCUCAGGGGUCCUGCAGCAGAGACAGAGAUCCAGGGAUAGGCACUGGUCUUCAUAAGGGCCUAAAAGAGGGGUCUGUCGAGAGAGGAGUAGUACCUGCAAAAGACAAGGAGAGGUCCAGUAGCAAACAAGAGGCAAAAGAGAGACAACAACAACAGCAGCAGCAGCAGCAGCAGCAGCAACAACAGCUCCACAACCACCAACCACCGCAGCCCACACACCACCACCAUCCCCACACACAUCAGCAGCACCCACACUAUCCACAGCACACACUACCCCUGGAGGAGGUCAACAGUCGCGCCUUGGAGAGGCACAAGGCAUCUCUCACCAUGGAAUACAGCAAGGAACACUCUCAGAGUAUGGGCAAGCCCCUCAGUGCCUGCUUGCACAAUGGCAAGAUACAAAAUGGAGAUGGAGGAGCUGGAGCAGGGGCUAAGCCUUCCAUGUCCAGCUGUGGGGGGGAGGGCACAGCCCUUGGGGCCAUGGUGGUUGGAGGGAGCACCCAGGGAAGACAUAUGGUGUCCAGUGUUAGUAGUCGCUGUACCAAAGAGGGAAUAAGUGGGGAGAUGAGGAUCAGUGAACAACCUUCAGACUGUCUGGAAAGGGGUCAGGCACCACUCCACCAUUCUCUGUCCUAUUCCGUGCCCCCGACUUUACACAUGGGUUCCGCUGGAGCGGCACACCCCCAUCAACAUCCUCAUACUCACCCCCACCCACAUCCUCACCCAGGGGGCUUCCAUUGCCUUCAGCUCCACCCAAGCCACCCACACCAUCCACAUCAUUCCCACCAUACACACCACCAUCCAGACUUCUUCUGUCCGCCCCCUCCUGCUCCUCUGGUGAACCCUGCCUCACAUGAGAGGGGGCCAGCCAAUGCGGGGCGAGAACCUAAAAUCACCGGGCCUACAUUCGUACCAUCUGUGGCAGGCCUGGGGGACAAAUCUAACGGUCCUUUCCAACUCGGUAACUCAGACUGCCAUGGUGUGAGUGGUGGAGGAGUAGGCAGCAACAUCAAGGAUAAGGUAAUAGAAAAGAAUGGAAGCAGCGGGCAUCAUAGUAAUUGGCAAAGAAAACAGCAACAAACACAGCAACAACAGCAGCAACAGCAACAACUACAGCAACAACAACAGCAACAACAACAGCAGCAGCAGCAGCAACACCCAUACAGAAAGACAGAAAAGGCUGCAGAUUGGAUGCAGUCCCACCACCAACACCUUCAGCCCUCACAGCUUGCUCCACCUACCCAACUACAACAACCGCCACAUCCCCAACAACAACAGCACCUGGUUGUACGAUCGCGCAGUGCCGAGUGUAUCAACAGCGGUGUGGACAUGGACGUAUUUCGAGCCUCGAUGCCCCAAGGACCAAAGGCUGGACACUCUGUCCCUCAUUCGGUCAACACUUCUCCUUACAGAGACUGUUCCCAUCCAGGACCCCAACCUAACUCCUCCCCACUCGGAAGUAAAAGCAUGGUUCAACAUAGUGGGGCAGGAGUGGCCCACGGCCCUGGUCCUGCUGGUAGCUGCUCCUUGCAGAGAGAUGGCCAAAAGGUAGCCAGGAUACGCCACCAACAACAUGGCCGACCGGGCCCAGAUGCACCUUCUCCUGCUGAGUUGAACCAAGGGACUGGUCAAGAGCUGAAAAGAAAAUUGGAAAUGUCUCCUUAUGGUUACGGCAACAGCAGUGGGCAGCACCACCACCAGCAGCCCCCGGUGCCAGCUUGGGCCAUGAGGCCCCCCCACCACAUGUCACAACCCGAGGAGGAGCAAAGGAAGUCUUACAUGGAGUUAGGAAGUGCCGGUGGGCAACACUCUCAGCAGCAGCAACAGCAGCAGUCGGGUAUGAGUCUGCCCCCUUCCCAGCCUCCCUCAGCACCUCCCCUCAGUCAGCAACAGCAGCAGCCGCAGCAGCAACCAGAGCCCCAGGGCCCAACGCAGGGGGAGAGCAGUGCCAUGAAAAGCUUACUAAAGUACAGCAACCAGCAACAGCCACUGCUCCUCUCCCAGAAGAGCCCCUUCGGAGGGCUGGGAUCCCUCAAAUCGGGUCCUGCCGGGGGGAGCUGUGCCCUGCAGGGCAGCAAACAAACUCUACCUUCCAGAAAGGGCCCGGCCAAUGACAACGAGCGCCCUGAUUACAGUGGGCGGGGCCGGGAUAUAGGGGAUGCAGGUCAUGGGGAAAGUGAGGUGCGUCAGCCGCCAGUGGGAAUCGCAGUGGCUGUGGCCAGACAAAGGGAGCCACCUUGUCGCUCGGCAGACAGUCAUCCAAACAGUCGACAAGGCAGGGUACAUCCCUCAGUGAAAGGACCGCCGCGCUCCAUGUAUCCUUCAGAUCCUGCUGCCGAAGAGGAGAGAAAGAGGAUGAGUGGGGAACAGAUAGGUCUGACUUGCUUGGACAGAGAGAGAGAAGCAUAUAUCAGGGAUAAUAAGGAAAGGGUGGAAUUUGCAAGAAUCCACCCCUCCAACAGCUGUCACGGAGACUUGACCUCUCAUCUCAUGGUCCCAGGCGGGACAUCCCUCCAGUCUGGCCAAUUAGGAGAUCCUGCUUCACAUUCUGCUCACCAUCAUUGGAUGCCAAGAACUGGAAGCCCAUCCCUUUGGAUGACAGGACACUCUUAUGCAGGCAUAGGUCAUACAGCCCUGCACCAGAAUCUACCCCCAGGUUUCUCGGCAGCCAUGCCAGGCUCUCUGCAGCCAGUCCUGCCUCUGCCUCAGGACCCCUCUGCUCAGCUAGUGGUCCUGCCCACUGAGCCUCCCGCCCACCCUGCGACCCAUCACCUGGAUGUGAUGGAGCAGCCAGGGCUGUGGCCCCCUGUGUAUGGUGCCCGGGGCCCACCCUCCCACAUGCAGCAUCCUGCUGUGUACUCCCGAUCCCAGUUUCUACGGCAACAGGAGCUCUACGCUCUCCAACAGCACCAGCAGCUCCAGCAUCAGCAUCAACAUCAGCACCAGAGCCACCAGUCGCAGCAAACACAGUCUCAAAGCCAGCAGCAGCUGCAGCACAGAGCGGUGCAUGGCAUGGACAUGCAACAUCAUGCAACCCACAAUUCACAGAUGCAGAAGAGGCCGGACGAGCCCUCGGUUGAACUGGAGGAACUCAUUUCGGAACCGAGAACAUCGAAACCUUCCAAGCUUUACUCCUACAACUCGUCUCAGAGGAACAACUCUUCGCCCGGGGCCUGCGGCGCUCACCUGUCCCCCUGUUGCCAGUCCCCAUCUGUACGUCCACAUCCCAAGAGCACUCCUUCUACACCCUGCCCUGCUCCCAGCCCGGCCACGGCAGCCCCGCACUCACCUGCCAUCAGCCCUGCACCGCCUCAGAUGCUCAAAGGGGCCGAAUCGCAGGACAAGCGAGUGGAGGGACAGCCCCCCCAGGAUUACCCACAAUCCCUGGAGCCCGACUUGCCUCCUGGUUACACCUACCCUGAUAUUGCCAUGGGCUACAGGAGUGGGUCCUCCGCCCAGGAUGAUCGACUGGCUGAGCCAGCUGACCUGGAAGCAGUCCAAGUGGAGCCUGCUGACCAUGCUCCUCGGUCUCUCUCCGGCCUGGGUGAGGAGUUAGCCUGCCAAGCGGCGGUCGGGCCCCUCCCAGAGCCGCUCCCAUCGGAAGAACUACAGAAGGAGGAGAAAGAAGAAAGCGUGGUGGAGAGAGUUCUGGAACAGAGGGAGGAGGCGGAGGGAACAGCAGUGACAGCAGCCCGCAAAGCACCUGGGGAGAGGGAGGUGGAGGAGCAGGGGCCCGCUGAGGAAGAGGGCACGGUCUGCCCCCCUGCUAAGAGCCCGGUGUGCGAGGCGGCUUCCUGUCCAGCCCUCCUUUCAACAGAGGAGCUUGAAAGGCCAGAAGCUGUCAUCACCUUGGAGGAGGAAGCGGCUGAUGAGGCGGAGGUUGAUAGCCAGUUGGAGCAUGCUCAAAGGGUCAACAUGCCUGGAGAACAGGAGCCAGAGCUGUCCACCGUCAUUGAGCUUGACCCUGCUUCCCCUGAAACUGCUGAGCCUCGGCCCCCAUCCCUCGAGGAAACAAAGGGCAGCGAGCAGCAGCACCAGAAACAGACAAACUCUGGCGACGCCCCAGUGGAUUAUAUGUGUCUUUCUGCCUCAACUUCUGCCCCAAGCCCGAGCCAAGCAACUGUUGCUGCGCCCCACAAACCCCUCGUGCCCUGCUACUGGAGUCUCGAGCUGCUGAUUGCCGCUGCCUUCUGCACCGACGUACCUCCAUUCCCGUUGUUCCCUCUCGGCACCCCUCCGGUGGCCCCGUCACAGCCCAGUCCCCACCAUGGUAUGGAGCUUCUGAGUGAGCUGGCAGAUCUGGAGCUGCAGCAGCUAAAGCACAACUGUGGGAAAAGCCAGGAAGAGGAGUUGCUGAUGUUUGACCUCCAGAGCCUUGCUACGCUGGCCACAGCCCGAGCUCUGGAGAUGGGCUCGCAGGAAGGCAGCAGUACGGGAUCAGGGCGACACUUCCCCGCCCGCAAGAUCCUCAAUCUACGAAGGAAAUGUAGCUGGACUCCUCGCAAUGAACCAGUGUGCCCGGCCAAAGGUGGCAUGGAGACAAUGGACGGUCCUGAGCUGGCAAUGCGUGUGAAGCUGGCUGAGCUACAGCGACGCUACAAAGAGAAGCAAAAGGAGCUGGCUAAACUUCAGAGGAAGCACGAUCAUCACAGGAAGGAGGAAACACCUCGCAGCCCCGCUCGACGGGGGCCGGGCCGGCCAAGAAAGCGGAAACCCACCCUCACCACAGGGCCAGUGUCCUCAUCCGAGGGCCAAAGAAAAGUCAAGUCGAUGGGGGCGGGGCUCGCUCUGUCGCCGGAGGACCUUGGAGGGGGCGGUGACAGCCAGAGAAGGAAGAAGAGGCUGUCCAGUCGAGGCUUUGAGCGGCUCAGCAGCACACAGCAGAUAAAAGCGCAGGGCUGCAGAAAAAGCAGUCUUCACAGCCUUCUCAGCUCCAAGCUGGCCGACGAUGUGACUCAGCUCAAACAGAAAGCCCACAGUAGAAAGAUUCUCUCAGGGAACGGCUCCAGGGACAAGGAGGUUUCGCCUUGCAGCUCAAAGUCAAAGCAUGGACACAGAAUCCAGAGCACAAGCAGAGCCGAGUCCAGGCGAGAGUCUGGGGGACAAAGUGACACAGCAGCCAGUGUGGACAGUGGUCCCCAAGAGAGCUGGACUGGACUUGUGCACCGUGGAAGUAAAAAGGGGUCCUCCGCCCUGACACAGGGCUCGUCCCGCCUUAGCCAGCCCAGAGCGAGAGAUCACCGCGGUCAGAGACAUGACGCAACGGAAGAGGGAGAGAGCUCCCCUGUAGAGAGUGCCUCAUCUGAUCAAGAAGAGGAAGAAGAAGAAGGCAGUUAUGACACUGAUGAAGGUCGAGACUACCGAGCCCACCUUCCCAGAGAAGUCACCUCUAGCUCCUCCGUGACAGGUCCGAGUCCUUCAUCGAUUGUAAAACUGGAGGCCAACCAGAAAGCUAGAAAUAAAAAACAGAGACAGGAGCUUUAUGGCUCCCAGAGUCUGUCUGGAGCCGAAGGGGAAGUGAAAGUACGGAAGAAGCCCCCUUGCAGUCUGGGCCUGGCCACUGCGGUCAAAAAACGCCGUGAAGAUCCCCGGUCGGAAGGGGUGAGAAGGCCAUGUGGACCCCGGUCCAAAGAGCCUCGCUGGGGCAGUCUUGGGACCAGAGGCAGCCGCUACCGGAGGAGCUUGGGACUCGCCACCUUCCCGACCACCAGCGAGAGGCUAAAGAGGGCGACCCGCAAGAGCACUAUGUUAAGAGGAGCAAUCAAUAAGAGGAGAACUUGCUGGUCAGUCGGGGGCCCAUCUUCACAGAGUGAGGAGGGCAGCAGGGGACGAAGGAACAAUGAGCAGCAGCCGAAGGGACGAGCCGUGAGUCGGCUGCUGGAGAGCUUCGCGGCCGAUGAGGGCUUCCAGAUGGAUGGCAGCAGCUUCUCAGAAGAGGAGGACAACAGCCUCUCAUACAGCGACAAAAGCCCAGAAGUCCCCAACUGUGUCGUCACCAAAGAACUCUUAACCGAUGGACUCAAGGUCCUGAUCUCCAAGGACGAUGAGCUUUUAUACGCUGCAAGAGUUCAUACGCUGGAACUUCAGGACAUCUUUAGCAUUGUUAUCCACGGUGAAAGAGGAAACCGACCAAGAAUCUAUUCAUUGGAGCAGCUGCUACAGGAAGCUGUCCUGGAUGUACGGCCAGAGUCAGAGACUAUGCUUAAUGAAGGAACCAGGGUGUGUGCUUACUGGAGCGAACGCUCGCGCUGCUUAUACCCGGGCUACGUUCGCAGAGGUGGUUCAUCUGAUGAGGGGAAGCAAGGAGGAGUGAUGAUAGAGUUUGAUGAUGGAGACAGAGGGAAGAUUUCUCUCUCAAACAUCCGCCUCCUGCCUCCAGGAUACCAGAUUCACUGUGGGGAGCGGUCUCCUGCGCUGCUGAUACCCACCGAGGCCACAGUUAAGAGAGGUUCUAGUCUGGAGCAGGCUCCUCUCAAUGACAGGCCUGCUGAAAGAUACAACAUUAUCAAUACUUUAACUAAUAGCCAAACUCCACCUCUUCACAAAAGAAGACCAGGGAGACCAAAGGGUUCUGGUAAAAAACAAAAGCAGCAGGAACUGCAGGCUGAGAAGGCCAAUAAAAAUCCUUCACCUUUUCUGGGUUGGCCUUCGUUGAGCAACAACAGGAAGAGGUCGUCUGACAACCUGUUUGAGCUCAAUGGGGCACCCAGGAAGGCCUUAAGAGGCAAGGAGGAUGUCCUGUUCCCCUUGGCGAAGAACCAGCCAAUGGCUUCCACCCCGGCCAAAGGACUUUUCAGCAGCAGCUCGUUUGAGGUGGACUCCUUCAGCAGCAUUGCAAAUGGCUACUCCUCCUUCUGCACUCAGUCCACAGGGCCGAAUCAAGGUUUAUCUCUAGUUGCCAGAAGCGGGACAUAUGGCCAGAGGCGCAGGCAAGAUGAGCUUGUUGGUCCGAGAAGCAGGAAGUCUGGACAAGAGUUCCUAGUCAAGUUAGACCAUGAGGGAGUAACGUCCCCCAAGACAAAGAACAGCAAGGCUCUACUGUUGCGAGGCGGCUCUUCCAUUGUGAGUGGCAUGCCAAGGACAGAGGCCUACUCUCAUCCAGUCCUGCUGGUUAAAGACAACAAAAAGGGGGGUACCUCCAGAGUAGAACUUCUUCGGAAAGGAACCACACCCCAAAGGAAGCCCUCCUAUUCUCUGCGUCUGGAUGAAUAUGGCGACUCAGGCUUCAGUGCCCACCGAGACUGUCACAGCUCCUACUCUGAUCUGGAUGAUGAAGAGGAAGGGAGGAGGAGGGCUGCACUGGCUGCAGCCUCAGGAGGUCUAAGGACGGCUGGCCGCUUCCUUUCUCGUCUCUCCGUGUCCUCCUCGUCUUCUGGUUCCUCAAGCUCCUCCUCUUCAGGGUCUAUCUCCAGUUCCAGCUUGUGCUCCUCAGAUAACGACUCCUCUUACAGCUCAGAGGAUGAGGAGAGUUCUACGGUAAUGCUUCAGAGUUGUAUGUCUUCCCACCGAGGCCUCCUGCAACCUUCUGAACCUUCCACGUCUUCAAGGUCACACCAGCACUCAUUUGUGGCCAAAGCUGUGGCUGUUUCCAAUGCCAAAGGAGAUCCCUCCAAGCAGAUCUCCAACAGCAAGUCCUUAAAGAGGAAGGAAUGCUCCAGUUCCACCUCUAAACCAUCCAAGGAUUUUGUGAAGAAACCCAGGAUGCUCACCGAUGACCCCUCAUUUAUUCCAAGGCCUAAGAUGUCUGCAUUCAUUGCAGGACGUCAAAUGUGGAAGUGGUCAGGAAAUCCCACACAGCGGCGAGGUCUUAAAGGGAAGGCCAGGAAGCUUUUUUAUAAAGCCAUCGUGCGAGGCAGAGACACGGUGAAAGUGGGGGAUUGUGCAGUGUUCCUUUCAGCUGGACGUCCUAACCUCCCAUACGUAGGUCAAAUUGAGAACUUCUGGGAAUCCUGGACCUCCAGUAUGGUGGUCAAAGUAAAGUGGUUCUACCACCCUGAGGAGACCAAGCUUGGCAAGAGGCAUCGAGAUGGAAAGCAUGCCCUUUACCAGUCGUGUCAUGAGGAUGAGAAUGACGUUCAGACAAUCUCUCAUAAGUGCCAGGUGGUGAGCAGGGAGGAGUAUGAGUGUCUGACUCGCAAUCAGAAGCCGAACAGUACCUCCCCAAACCUCUACUACCUGGCUGGGACGUACGACCCCGCCGCUGGUCAAUUGGUCACUACGGAAGGGGUUUCCAUCUUGUGCUGAACCUCCAUGAGGACACUACUGAAGGACUCCUUUGGAGGAAGGAUAAAAGUCUGUUAUUUUACCUACAAAACCCUGCAGCCAAGGAAGAUACAAAGUGCACCUUGGGUGUACCUCAAGGAUCCGUGGACUAAACGUCAGCACCAAAGCAGGGCUGUCUGAGGUUACACACUGGAGUCUACUGGCACCUAACCUUUGUGGAAUUUAAGGAGAUGUCAAUUAACUGGUUGAUCCUUUCAAAAGGAAUGGAAGAAACUCUGGGUCGUCACAAUAUCAAACUAAUCUCCUUUUAAUGGAUCCAUAAGAUUGACAGCUUCAUAAAUGCUUUUAGGACUCGCGUCUCUCGUUCCUAUCACAUGUCACCAAAGGAGAGCUGAGAGUUGUUUGGACUUCAAAGUCCUAUGGAUAGGUUCUGCGGACCAAUUCUUUAGCCCUGCAUAAGGGAAUGGAAACAAAAGUGAGGCAUGGGGUCUAUAGACCUCUUCAUUCCAGGAAAGUAAAAACAUGUAAACGAUGUAAAGUUGAUGUCUGUAAAUAUUUUGAAUUUGUCCCAAUCAAGCCAUACACUUCAGUACCUCUAUCCUGUCUGUUCAGGUGUACAUUGUACAGGUCAAUUAUUGUAUUGUGGUCUGUUGUCUAUAUGUACAUAAAAGCUAUUUUAUAUAGGAGUUUAUUGUAUAUAUGAGAUGUAUCUUUCCAUGUUUGCAAUUGAUUUAUUUUUAUAUGGGUGUAGAAUACAUUACGUCGUUUUACCUUUGCUUUGGGAAGUCAGGAUGAUGGAGAUGUUAGUGUUGCACUGCAUAUGCCCUGCUGAGACAUACGGAGACAGACAGACAGAGCACAAAGAAAGAAAGGAGGAUUAAUCUAUACGUUUAUAACAGAAGACUCACUUUCUGAGAGAGAGGAGUCACGUGGCUUUUUGUAAAAGUGUUCUGUUACGUUGCAUUAGUGUUGUCCUAUUUUAAAAACACAUUUUUAUUUAUGUACCUCUCAGUUGGUUAUCAUCACAAGGCAGAUCUUCACUGGACUGCAAUCACGGGUCAAAAAUCAUUUAAGUAUAAGUAUGACCUAUUGACACAAUAUUUGUGUGUGAUGAGUGUCCUGGCAUCACUAUAAUCAUGUCCAAACAAAUCAAUUUAGAACAGGACUGGAUGUGAAAAUGAGUUAAAAUGACUACAUAGUCCCACACUACGAUCCACAAUAUACCAAAGUGUCUUUUAUCCUCUUUAUUUCCUUCAUUUAAAUCUAACACGUGUCAAGCACCUGUACUGAACUCAAAUCAGACAUCACUGGUAACUUAUUGAACACAUGUCCUCCACUAUGUGCAUACACACCCGUUUAGCAUUGCGACAAUGGUAUCUUGCACAUGUACCUGCAGUUUUGUGUUGUGCAAACAUAUGCGGAAAAUGGUCACCUAUGGACGUGACUAUGAAGGUGAAGGUACUGGCAAAGUAAGAUAUUGAUUCCUGAAGAUUUGUUGGAAUUAGUCUGUUGUAGUUUCAUCAGCCUUCUGUGUCUAUUUAGUACAGGACAUGCACAUACUCAAUGCUAACUGUGAAGGACAAUCACAUUCACAAAUUAAUGGACAUAGAGUAGGUUCUCUCAAUCUGAAAAUUACUUACAUUUAUUUAAUUUGUGCCAAGUACAUUUUGUCUAUUUUUUUGUCUUGUUUGAUAUGCAAUCCUUAUUUUUUGUUCACAACGUUGUAUUUUGUUUGCCAACAUUUUAUUUAUUGUCAAUGUUGCUGUUUGUUCAUGCCAAGAGCGCUUUAUAAGAAUGUGACAUUGUUUUUCUUGGUGUGAUGUCGCAUUUGCAUUUCUUAAAAAAAACUGGCCUUGUAGAGGCCAUCUAGUGAAAAGAAAUAAAGCAACACUGGAUUCUUCUCAUCUGCAAA